AUGUCGACCGCGCACAGACCAACUUGGCACACUGCCAUUGGUCGAGCACCUGGUGCAAAUUUCGGGACACUCAAGGUUUCUAGUAGGGAUUUGCCAUCCCAUACAGAACUCAAACGACGUGCCCCUGUAGAUGUAGCAACCUCUGAAGGUGAACUUAAAGCACAGAAAAUCGGUGAUCAUCAGCGUGUGCUUCGAGAGCGACUUGCUACUGCUGAGCAGGAACACCGUGCAAGGGGUGAGCUUGAGGAACGUAUCGGUGUAACUAGGAACUUCCUGCCUCUGGAGGAUGCAGUUAAGCUAUUAAAUCAAGACAUAAAUGCAUUCCCCGAGGACUCCGACGAUUGCAGUACUGGCGCCGCAAUAGAUGAUGGUUCUGACUCUGAUGAUGAGGCUAUGUUAUUGAGGGAGUUGGAGAAAAUUAAAAGUGAGAAGGAGGAAGCUCGUCAACGUGAAAUACAGGAAUCACUACAAUCCGAUAAAGAGCGCGAGAGGAUACUUAGUCAGAAUCCCCUCUUAGCUAAAACAGCACCGCAACGUCGCUGGGACGAGGACGUUGUUUUUAAAAACCCUAAUCGUGAGGUCAAGGAGAAAAAAGAGUAA